AUGUUCAAAAUAAAUUCUAUAUUGUUUAAUCAAGUAUUUAAAAGUUCAAUUCUGAGUGAAACGGUAAAAUGCAACAAUUUUUUAUUAAAACAAUGUGCCAACAUACAUUGUUUCGAACCCCCGAAACCGGUAGAUUCCUCAGAUUGGCCGGAUAAUAGAAAGCUCAGAGUAGUAGAAAAACAACCUUUUUUUGAUACUAAACCCCCUAAGCUUCCUAAAAUGUUAAGAUUACUUAGAGGUCCGGAAGAAGUUCAUACCGAUUUAGUCUAUAAACAAUAUGGUGUAAAAGCUUUGUUAGGUGGAAGAAUGAAACACACAAAUUUUGAAGCGGUUCGUAGAAUAAUAUUCAAAAAAUUAGAUACUAGUAGAAUGUUUGCCUUUUGGAGAGUAGAACCACCUUGGCAACCUAUGACGAAAAAAGGUGUUGGUAAAAGAAUGGGUGGUGGAAAAGGAUCUGCUCAUCAUUAUGCAACACCAGUAAAAGCGGAAAGAAUUAUUAUCGAACUUGGUGGUAAUUUAGAUGCACAUGAAGCUAGAAAAAUAUUAGGACCAGUAGCCGAAAUUCUUCCAUUUCCAGCAAGAUUUGUUAGUCAAAAAUAUUUAGAUGAUGAAAGAGAGAAAGAAAAAUUGAUAAAAGAAAACAAUACAAAUAAAUUUACAAUGGAAUAUGUUAUUAAAAAUAAUAUGGGUGGAUGUCAAAAAUGGUUAUCUCCCUACGAUUAUAAAUGGUUUGGUAAAUACAAAUAA